UGUCUGAGUGGGCCAUGGUGACUGCUAACCAGGCUCUGAAGGCAGUAGACCUGUUCAUAGCUUAUCUACUGAAGUCCAUCACAGACCUGUUCCUCACCAAGCCUUUGUGGGCCAGCCUGAAGGUUCUGGAGGACACUGACCUAAGGGCCACCGGAGGAAUUCAUGAGACAUAUAAGGCCAAAGCUCUGUGGGAGAAGACUGGGGCAGUGAUCAUGGUGGUACGACGCCCUGGAUGCUUGUUGUGCAGAGAGGAGGCCAUUGAGCUGUCCUCUCUGAAGCCCCAGCUAGAGGAGUUGGGGAUCCCUCUCUUAGCCGUGUUCAAAGAGAACAUUGGCCAAGAGCUGGACGCCUUCAAGACAUUUUUUACUGGGGAAGUCUAUGUAGACCAAAAGAGAGCGUUAUACGGUCCUGUGGAGCAUUAUAUAUUCCUGUCUGCGUUGCUGCGUAUCGGGGUGUGGAGAAGCCUGUGGAGGGCCAAUAGGAAGGGCUGCACAGGAAAUAUAAUCAAAGGAGAAGGUCUUUUACUGGGGGGAGUGUUCGUCAUUGGGCCCGAAGAUCAGGGAAUUCUGCUUGAGCACCGUGAGAAGGAGUUUGGGGAUAAAGUCAACCUGCUGGCUGUACUCAGAUCAGCCAGGAAAAUUCAACAUGGCUUGGCUACUGCGAAAUAGUUUACACAAACAGCUUAAAGUCACCAUGCAUGUC